GCAAGCUCCUGUAAGUUCCCCCUUUUAGUGAGAAGAAGGGAGAUAUGAGCCAUGGCUGGAGCAAACUUUAGCGCCGGGAGAGAGCAUACCAUCGACAGCUGCUUGCUGGCCGCGGAGUUUCAAGGUAAAGCUCGCAAGCCGGUUGCUGCCAGGAGCUUCAAAGUCACCGCCGGAUUGACAUGCCUCCAGUUCGUGUUCGCGGCGUAUGCCACAUUCCUGCUCUACUUUAUGAUCCCCUCGGCCAUGGACUUGCCGCGGAGUGCAUGGAGCUCGAAGCUCACCAAGAAAUUCUUCCCGGAGCAGCAGCUCGGCGGCGGCAAAGAGGAUUUGAAGAAGAGCCUGUGCGUUUACGAGGAGAUCAGCUUCGCGCAGAAAGUAUCAAACGAUACCAACCUGGUCCGGAUCAAGACGCAGCUCUACGAGGAGAUUGUCGCCUUCCAAAACUCCACCCGGGGAUGCGAGACACUGUCCGAGCUCAUGAUCUUGCCGUCGUCAUCGUCGCGGACCAGGCCCAAGGUCACUGUCAUCCUUAACCACUUCAAGCGGAGAACACUGUGCUCGCAACUGGAUUCGCUGCUCCGCCAGACGCUGCCUUUCCACAGCUUGUGGGUGCUUGCGUUUGGAAGCCCAAACGAGAGCCACCUGAGGAGCACUGUCGAGGCCUACAACGAUUCCCGGAUCCACUUCAUGACCUCCACGUACGACUUCAAGUACUUCGGAAGGUUUCAGCUGGCUUUGCAAGCGGAAGGCGCCAACUUUGUGUAUAUCUUGGACGAUGAUAUGAUCCCCGGUAAGAAAGUCCUGGAGAUUUUCUCGUACGUAGCAGGCACGGCCCGGUACCACAAUUCACUUCUCGGAAGCAUCGGACGUAUCCUUCCCUUCAGGCAAAAGGACUUCAGCUUCCCGAGCUACCGGAAACCCGGGUCCAAGGAAGCCGGACUCUAUAUCCCCGACCCCGCCUAUAGAAUCAUUGUUGACCGAAUACUGCAGGUUGAUUUCCUGUCAAGCUCCUGGUUCCUUCCAGCGAACAUCGUCAAAGCCCUCUUUCUCGAGUCCCCACUGACUUUCAGCACCGGAGAAGAUCUUCAUUUAAGUUACCAGCUGCAAAAGUACCUUGGAGUCCAUUCUUACGUGGUUCCAAUCGAUCCGGACGACCGAGAUACUUGGGGUGAUAGCGAGCACCGCCUGGCUUACGUCUCCGAGACCACCGUCAUCCACAAGGAUAUAGUCCAGCUCCGUGAUCGCCAGUGGUGGAGCGCACUGUCCCGCGGCUACGUGACACAGUGGGCCGCGAUGUUUCCACAGCAGUGUGACGUUUUCUUCUAUGCGCAUUCCCUGGGAGAGAUCCUGGACCUGGCUCCACUUAUUCUGCGCUUCCGGAGCAUCCCUGGAAAGAAGGCCUACGUCGUAGUGUCGGGAGGACCUUACUGUCCCUGCGAAGAAGCGGCUCUCAUGCUCGGGUGGUCGUCAAACAGUUGCCACGACCGCCGGUUCAAGAUGUUCGACUUGGACAUCAGUUUCGUCUCGUCUGGAAAUUCCAACACGCAGGUCUUUCAUGAGGUCCUCGCAGCCAUGAAAGGCUUGAUAAAAAUUCACUCACCGGCGAUUAUUAUCAGUGUCGCAGACUUGCUACCCGACGUCCGUGAUGCCAUAACUUUGGCUGCUUUCCAAGCAAACACCACCGUCUUACAGCUUCCCCGACGCGCCAUCGAACAUGCACUGUGGAUAGCCGACGUGAAAACAUCCGCUCUUCAACAAUGGAACACGAUGAGAAUCUCGAUAAGCAUCAUCACGCAAAACAGACCGCGCUCGCUGAAGCGUCUGCUGGGAGCACUCGCCAGUGCAUACUACGUCGGCGACGAGAUCCAUCUAACUUUCAGCAUUGACAGUGCGGUCGACGCGGAAACGCUGAAGAUCGUCCACAGCUUCGAGUGGCCGCACGGCGAAGUCACCAUCCGCCGCAGGAUAAUCCAAGGCGGACUCAUACGGGCCGUGAGCGAAAGCUGGUAUCCGGCCUCGGACGAUGACUUCGGCCUCCUGCUCGAGGAUGACAUCGAAGUCUCGCCAUUCUACUUCAUGUGGCUCAAGUACGCAGUCCUCGUCUACCACUACAGCCCCGCAGAGGUGGCCGAGCUCAACUCCAUCUCCCUGUACACACCGAGAGUUGUGGAAGUCGUGAAGGAGCGACCACGCUGGAAUGCCACUGACUUCUUCAAGGCGAUCCAUCCCAACACACCAUACUUGCAUCAGCUCCCCUGCAGCUGGGGCGCUCUCUUCUUCCCACGGCACUGGCGAGAGUUCUACCACUACAUGGGGACCCGGUACACGGCAGAUGCGAAGCAAAAUCCCGUGCAGAUCCCACGCUCGCGGACAAACGGGUGGCAAGCCUCCUGGAAGAAGUUCCUCAUUGAUAUGAUGUACCUGCGAGGAUAUGUGACCCUGUAUCCCAACUUUCCCAACCAGACCAGCUUCUCCACGAACCAUAUGGAGCCCGGCGCGCACAUCAACUCGUCGGACAACGUUGUGGAGCACAAGAGGAGCGACUUUGAGGUGCCACUGAUGACGGACGAUUUCUGGAAGCUGCUGCCUCUGCAAAGACUACCGUCGGCUUCCAAGCUCCCUGUCAUCAACCUCUUCAACCAGGUAGCGUCGCUGAAGGGGCUGAAAGCUGCCGGAGCGAGCCUGAGGCAAGAUGUGCUGCCGUGUAACAUCACUGAGACUGUCGUGGUGGACUUCGUCACGGGUGAGCCUGACAAGUGCGUUGCGUUUUAGUUCGAAAGCCAGUAAGCUGAUCAUCAGAAAAGCUGAUUUUUUCUUCUAUGUUCUUCCGAAAUUUAUACACCUCUUGACACCGUUA